AUGCAAAAGUCGCCUCUGUUUGAAGAUCAGAAGUAUGGAAUUUGUCCCCAAGUCCAUUUCACGAUCAACGACCAUCAAUACACUCAUCGGUAUUAUCUUGCAGAUGGUAUCUACCCAAAAUGGUCCACCUUGGUUCAAUGCUACCGUCAGCCUCCUGCCGGUGCGUUGGGGCGUUCAUACCGGUAUUUUAACACCGCCCAAAUGGGAGCGAGGAAGGAUGUGGAACGCGCUUUUGGAAUUUUGAAGAGGAAGUUCGCUAUCAUUUGUGGCCCAUAUCGUAGGUUGAGUGCUCGUGAAAUGCACAAGACCAUGCUCACUUGUAUAAUUCUUGAUAACAUGGUCAUUCAGGAAACCCGUCAUGAUUCAGAGUGGAUUAACUAUGAAGAUGAAGAUUUGAGGCCAGAGAUUCAACCACAAAAAGGGGUCCCUGCAAGGAAUUAUGCUCAAAUGACUAAUUACAUUCACAACGAGAAUUUGUAUGACAGUUUAAGAGAUGAUCUGAGAGUGAAUCUUUGGGCAGAGCAUGGAGAUAAGUUAUGUAUUUUAAGUUAUAUUUAA